UAUCUUACUUUAAACGCGUUAGGCAUGUUCAGUACGGUUUACACACUUCGUGAGGUUUACCGAUAGCUUCGUACUUUUGGAUCAUUCUACACUUCAACUUUUGGCUAAACAUUAACGUUUUGGGUAAACGAUGGAGGAAACCGGGAAUAAAGAUACUUCUCGGAAAAGAAAGAUAAUAAUGGGGAUGGAUGGGAGUAGAAACGCGGAGGAAGCGUUGACAUGGUAUAAAGACAAUAUUCACGAACCCGCCGACUUUUUGAUAUUGGUGCACACACCGGAGUAUAAACAUCUUAUCACUAUGCCGGUGAUGACGUCAGACGCCGCACUGAUGUCGCGGAUCGUGGACGAGGAGCAACACGUUACCAAGGAGCGCAUGACGCAGUUCCAAACACUCCUGGACCAUCAAGGCAUCCAGGGCUCUGUCAAGCAGAUGGGUGGCGAUCCUGGCCACCAGCUGAUAGAGGCUGUGGUACAGGAGGGCGCUGAUUUCAUCAUCACCGGAAAUCGUGGCCUGGGGACGCUGAGGCGGACCUUCCUGGGAAGCGUCAGCGACUAUGUGGUCCACCAUUCGCCAGUUCCGGUCAUGGUGUGCCGCCUGCCGCAUUCGCAUCACUAGCCCAUUAAUUCGUCAGAGAAGUCGAUCAUGAUGACACUUACUAGCUCAUAUGAUGCAAGUGCCUUUGUAUCGAGUUUUAGUCGACGUUUCAGACAUUUUAAAGAUGUUAAAUUCUAGAAACACGUUUUUUGUCUACGAAUGUUAAGCUUGUAUCAAGUGUGAUAGUGAAUAUUGUGUUCGUUUUUAGUUUGUGUUAGUUAGUCACUGAAUAAAACGUAUGAGUGUGAAUAGUUGGCUUAAAAUAAUUUCUGAUGAAUAAGCACAUUUUUUAGAUGGUGCGUUGUUAUGUAUAUAACUGUUAAUGUUUGCAUUUAAGUCAUUAAUUUGCUCGUGUUUGAUGUUUUAUGACAAUAUAUAUCCAUCUCAAUAAUUGUUGUUUAUCCGAAUGCAUAUACUGUCAUGCUUAACCGAUAACAGUACAAGUUGUUAAUGAUGAUAACGAACGUUGCAAUUUUGUAGCAAUUUUCACCUACAUAAAAAGAGCUAUCAGGCAAUCGGUAUUUGAUUUAGUGAUUUGAAAUGGUGUUACACGAUUGGGGAUGUGGACCUCUUGCAAAUUAUAAAAUAGUUUGAUGUUAUUCCAUGCAUGAACCACGGAAAAAACGUAACUACUUUGUAAGCCCCACUGAAGGUGAUGUGUCUUUCAAAAUAAAAAUAAACAAUUAGAACAGGUAUUUAAAGGACCGUAAAAGGUGACGAUCCGUUAUUAUACAGAUUUUAAAAGAUUUUGUGCAUAUUUUAUUUAUAAAGGUUAUACAAAAAUAAUACAUAUAUGCUAUUGGACAUUACCAUAAAAUAAUGAGAAAUACAACUUGUUUUGAGCUCAAAAUACAGUGUCCUCCAAGUCAAUUGUGUUUACAAACAAUCAGUUUAUUACAUCGCUGUUAACUCAAUCAUGCCGAGCGAUUCCGAGCCGGUUUUCCGAUAACAAAUUUUGAAUGGUCCGCACAAGACAUUGUGUAUCACGUGAGCAGGUCAAGGGUGAAGAGGCAAGACAUUCAAAACAAAAAUAUCAUACCGAACUCAUGUUCUCUUUCUUUGUUUACGAUGAUAUUUUGUUGUUUGUACUACGUCAUCAAUUUAUUCGUACUUUACGAAAGAAGCCGAGAAACAUCGGAGAUAGCAAAAAUGUACGGAAAUUGAAAAGUUGUAAACAUUUCUUCAAAUUAUGAAAUGGGUAUAUCUUACAUAAUUCUUGACAACGUUGCAAUUAAGCUGUGUUAUUAUCUUUUUUUAUUCAAGAGUAACUGAAAUCCGGUAAAAAUUAGACCAGUGUAUAUGCAUAAUAGUUGGAUUUGUUACCUUUUACCAGCCUUUAAAUGAGUGGCAAAAUUGUAUUGUUAAGGUUAAAUCUUUACUACUCCCUGAAAUGUAUUUAAUUUUGUGCACGAGUUUUGACAUUUUUAAACUGUUCUCCGCACCAACGUGUAAACACUGGCUUUGUUUAUAUGCUAAUAAUUAGUGUAUUCAUAAGCACCAUUCGUUGCAUGAACCGUUCCACUUUUCAUGAAUCCUUUUGUUAAGCAUUUUACUUAUAAAAUACAUCCGUUAUUCAAAAUAUUACAAAGUACAAUUCACGUUUUUGGGUAAGUUCCCAUCUAAUAUUAUGACACUGUUUGUAAAAAAGUAAAAUUCUGUUAUUAUGAUGUAUGAUUUUUCAAAUUGUUGCAUCAAUAUUUUUUUCAAUUUUAUUCGAAUCGAGGUUUAUUUGACGAUCCCCAAAAUCAACACGUUUAAUUUACAACACAAAAUAAAUGACAUGCAUUUCCUGUAAUUCAUUUGCGACAUAUACAAACCAACAAAGUUGUUGCUACUGCGACUUAACAGCGUGUGUUUGUGCUCAAUUGUAGUUAAAUUCGAUACAUUUUACAUGAAAAGUUCUUAGGCAUCGUAGCGUAAGUCAUAGCGUUCGAUUUUGGGUUGUUGGUCUGUUAAUGAACAACGAAGGUGAGUUCUGACAAGAAGGUCUUUAUCACGAGGUAACACUUUCAAUAUGGUGAACAUACGCUCAUGUAUUGCUUUUUCAUUUAAACAAAUAUAAUAGUUACUAUGAUUGAAGUGUGUUUUUAUUUUUCAAUUGUGUUUUUUUGAUGGUUUAUAAUCAAACAUUCAGUUCUUUCGAUUAUAAUAUUAAACUGAUCUGUAUUGAUGCCGCGGUAAUAGUCUUUUUUAAAAAGGUGUAAUAUCAUCGUUCAAGUAAUGUGUGCGCAUUCGUUUGAUUUAUGUGUUCAAUAAUAUUGGUACAUCGUUGACGUUUUAUGGUCUUCACCAUAUUGCUAAUUUGCAAUGAAGUCACACAGUGUCAUAUAAUGAAAGAAAAUACAAUUGAAUAUGUCUUCUUACAAAUAAAUAGUAUCACAAUAAUA